UAAUGUUUUGGCUCUUCAUCGCCGGUGGGGCGAUUUAUUUGAUUUUGCAGUUUAUUUUGAAACCAGACCCUGUGAAGUUAUUAGGAAUUUAUGGACAGCCUGGAAAAUGGUAUUUCCUGAAGUUCAACCUAAUGAGAUUCGUUAUUGAUCGGCGUCAGAAGAAACAAAACUCGAAAUCAAAAUCUCACAAAGAGGACAAUAAAGAAAAUUUGAUGAAUUCUCAGUGGGGUGGUGAUGGAGGAGAGAGGGAUAUUGUGGAAAUGGAAAAGAAGCAUGAUAUGAAACAGGACUGGUCCGCCGACGCAGUAUUUUUUGAUGCUUCGAACCGAGAUGGAUGGUACAUUACACUUGGAACAGCUCAGAGACCUAACAAUAUUAUAAACUUAUUCUUUAUUCUCAGAAUUCCAGAAAUUGGAACUUUUGUGAACGAGGAGCUUCAUACCGACACAAAUGUUAAGAGCAUCCAAUGUCCGGAAAAAGAAUGGAAAACAGAAAGUGGCUUCAUCGUUUCUUGCAUUGAACCAAUGAAAAAGUGGAGAAUACAGUUCAAUGGAAAAUUAGCUUCAGCACCGGGGAAAAUCAAUUUUAUUAAAAACGGAUCCGAGGAGAUGAAGGAUGGCAUAAAGAUUUUUGACGCAAAUUUCGACCUGACUUGGACGAAUUUCGGAAAUCAAUUCGAUUUCGACAAGAUGUGCUCCCCCACUGCAAUUGCUCAUUCUUUAGCAAUUGAGCCAUGGAGCCGUGGACUCUUCGAUAAAAUGCGAGCAUCCCAUCAGUCACACUAUGAACAAUUUGGAACGAUUUCUGGAGAUUUUCGAAUUGGAAAUCACACUGCUUCUGGAAUUCGAAUGACGAGCAUGAGAGAUCACACGAUUGCUGGAUACCGCAGAUGGUCAGACAUUCGAAGAUAUAUCAUGAUGAUUUACCAUUUGGAAGAUGGUACAUGUGUUCAUACUUCGGUUAUUUCAAUGCCAGAAACUGUUUUUAGUCACCUUGAAUUUGGAUAUAUUGUUACACCAACUGGUGAGACGAAGCCAGUGGAUCGUGUACACUUCUCCCUUCCAAACCACGGAGAGGAUCGUCAUUUCCCUGAUGAUUUCCACUACUCGUUCGAAGUUGACGGCAAGAUUCAUCACGCAGAUGUUCAUAUCAAGGAAGCCGUCUCAUUCAAAAUGGGAUUGGAUCAAGCAUGUCAGGUCACCGAAGGAAUGAGCGAAUUCGUUGUCGACGGAAAGCCGGGAUGGGGAUUCGCGGAAGUCGAGUAUCGUAUUCAGCCGUAUUAAAAAAUUAUCAAAUUCAGAUUUUCUACCUUUUCCACUUACUUUAUAAAACCGUUUCAUAUGCUACU